UGCUCAUGGAGUAAUUUCACCUGCUAUGUUCGUUCUAGUAGGAUCCGUACUAUACGAUGUUUACCAUACUCGUGUAAUUCGAUAUUAUCGAGGUCUAGCAGUAUAUAUGCCAGUAUUCUGUCUAAUCUUCUUUAUUACAACAAUGUGUAAUAUGGGAGUACCUCUAUCACUAAAUUGGACCGGAGAACUAAUGUCUCUAGCCGGAACAUUCCAACAAUCGCCUGUAAUCGGUCUACUAGCGUCAUCAAGUAUUGUGCUAUCAGCUUGCUACAGUAUUUUCCUAUUUAACCGACUUGCAUUUGGUUCAUUUUCAAAGUAUCUAUCGUAUCCUAAGGAUAUGUCACGUCGUGAAUUCAUGCUUCUAGCACCGAUGCUAAUUGUUGCAGUAGUUCUAGGUAUUAUGCCAAAUAUUCUACUAAAUGAUCUACAUGUAUCAGUAACACAUCUUCUAUAUUCUCUGUAGCCCCCCCGUCGCCGCAAUUUCAGCGCGGUCUAGGGGGGGGGGCCCCUAAUAAAUAUAUA